UGUCGUGCUGUGGGUUGCUUUUGCAAACACAUCUGAAUCCGGUGCUGGGAGACGCGUGGAGAGAGCAUCUAUACUUUUUGGAUUUGAUUGAGUUCUGCUGAGGAAUAUCAGCAAAAAUCGAAUUAUAUAGAAAAGCCAGUCACUGAGGAUGUUUAAAAAAUUUGAUGACAAGGAAAAUGUUUCCAACUGCAUUCAGCUCAAAACGUCUGUUAUCAAAGGAAUAAAGAACCAGCUUUUGGAGCAUUUCCCAGGCAUCGAGUCAUGGCUCAAUCAGAUCAUGCCGAAGAAGGACCCGGUGAAGAUAGUUCGAUGCCACGAGCACAUUGAAAUCCUGACAGUGAAUGGAGAGUUACUGUUCUUCAGACAGAGGGAAGGACCUUUCUACCCAACACUGAGAUUACUUCAUAAAUAUCCCUUUAUCCUUCCACAUCAGCAGGUAGAUAAAGGAGCUAUCAAAUUUGUCCUGAGUGGAGCAAACAUCAUGUGUCCCGGCCUCACGUCUCCAGGAGCCAAACUGUACCCAGCGGAAGCCGAUACUGUGGUCGCUAUAAUGGCAGAGGGUAAGCAGAAUGCACUGUGCAUCGGUGUCAUGAAGAUGUCAGCAGAGAACAUUGAGAAAGUCAACAAAGGAAUUGGCGUUGAGAACCUCCACUAUUUAAAUGAUGGUCUGUGGCACAUGAAGACAUACAAGUGAGGAGUGGCAGAAGCAUUGUCAAUGUAUUGUCCCGGCCACUUCAGAGGAAUGUGUGUGGUUCACCUGCUUUGUACGACAGUGGACUUGUUGUGAAUAUAUAACAAUACACAAUGAAAACCUGGAUUCAUGGCAAAACAAAAUACAAAUAAAUUAAGAUUUUGCUCUAAAA